AUGAUUAUAGUAGAGUUCAGUUUUUCAAAUCUUGCUUACCGUAUAUUAAUAACACUGUUUACAGAAGAGUGGGGCACCAGCCUGAUUACCGAUUCUUUUGAGGCAUCAAACACGACUCCUGCAGAUGACAUUGAAGUCCAGAUAAUGGACCUUAAAGAAUGUUAUAAGAAGAGAAGGGGAAGACGAACCGUCAAAGGGCCAGUAGAAGAUCAUUUGGCAGACUCAAAAGUCACUGUUAUGAUACAGGCAUCCGAUGAAAUCAACAACGUACGUGCUUUUACACAGAGAUGUCCUGAUGCUGCGAGAAGGACACACGAUACUAUAGGUAGGUCGCUGCUAUCAGUGAUCUUUUUUUCGCUACCAGCAAGUUUUAAGACAGAGUCAGAAAGGAACUUACGCGUGUACCUAAUUCCACCUUAAGACUGUUUCCGAGUUACCCAAGUGUCUCUUUCAAAGCGAGACUAAGUGCGACUCUCUUGGUGCGAAGCCAUUGGCACGAAAAUUAUUUUUAUUCACAGGCAAGUAAAACUUGUUUUCAAGAGAAAAUUUUUCACUCUGCCUCGUUUUGAAAGUGAGGGUUAUUUAAACUCGAAGAUGGCCUCUUUUGCAAGAGCCAAGGUAGACGCGUUUGGACCCAUGUCACCUGCGCAACUUUUUGCAAUAGCCAAUAAAAGAAAACAUAGCAUUCCAAAAACAGCCCGGCGGCAAUUCAUCACAACUUCGACCUAUUCUCUCAAAAUGGCUAAUGAAGAUGUAUUAAAAACUCAAUCAUUGGAUACUGUGCAAUUCUAGUGCUCUGGUUGACUUAGCCAUCAUGCUUUGUGAUCCAUUAUACCAUGCUUUCCAAAAUGGUAACUGUACGCUCUGCUCAAAAUUAAAGACAAGCUGAAAAUCGGUUGUUUUUACAAAUAAAGUCGGGAAGAAUUCUCGAUAUUUGAGGGCGUUUUUAAUAAAAAAAAUUGUUCUAUUCCGAGUGCGUCGAGUUGGCUCUCAGUACCAUCUCAUAUCCAACGCGCACUCGUGGAAUAAUUGUUAAUUAUUUAACAAUUGGCUCAAGAGUCAGCGUGCGUAUGUCGAGAUAUGAAACUCGCGGAAAGUUUGGAGAGCACGAAAGAAAGGAAACUCUAGCCUCUUGAGUGCUCUCCAAACUUCUCAAGUGCUUUAUAUCUCGACAUACACACAGCUGAAACAUUAACCAAUUGUUUUAUAACAUUUCUAUGCAAUCAAUGCGGCAGUUAACAAAAAGCUUAUUGCUAUACUAGGCGUCGCUCAAAUCUACACCCGUCAACGUCUACGUGACUAUCUGCUGUUUGUUAUUUGUAGAGAGCGAUCACUUAGGGGUGGGGGACUCUUAAUGUUAACAGUUGGCUUGCUCAUCGCUUGGGGUGAUUACGUCCCAAGUAAGGUAAAUUCUGUAUUUCAUGACAGCGCUGCACCAAAAACAUCUGGCUAAAAAUUCAUCCGUCAUGCAUAAUUGAAAAAGGUCAGCUGAAAGGUGCAUGGUUCUCUGAUUGGCUUUUCUUGUAACGAAUCCCUUGACUAUUCACUUAGAACUCCUUCCAUAAUUGCAGUCGACAAGAGGAGCCCGCAAUCCUAAUCUUCAGGUUGAUAUUACGCAUGCGUGGCAUGUAUGUAGCCAGCAUUCGUUUGGAGAAUGAAUGGAAUGCACAAAACGCAAUUUCAUCACUCGCGCUUCGACCUUCUGCCCGUCGUAAUCUGAUCACGCGUGUUUUGUCAAUCGGUCACGUUAAACUUAAGCAAAGCACAACUUUGGAACAAAACGUUUGGACCUUCGAUCGUUGUCGCCCGCACUCAAGCUCACUCCCUAACGUUUGGUUAUUACUGGUAAUGUAAUAAUUCCAUUGCAGAAGUGAACUACUGUGUUGCAAGUAAUUUAUUUGAGCGAACUUUAAAUUUCCUUCAGGUGCCGUGGAGCUGGAAGUUCGCACGUUACGGAGUGAUGGAGAACGUCGAGUAGUCAUCGUUGAUCUCAGUUCGGCGACAAAAGACGGAUAUCGGGUGUACUGCCUUGAAACAGGAGAUAUCCUGGAAAGAAAUAAAUGGGAACUGGUCAUCAAAACAGAGCUCAGCUCAGGCUUAACGGGACAAGUGCAGUCAAGGCCAUUCUUAGUUACUACCCCACAAUGUUAUAACAAGAGACGCGAUGAAGGUGUGUAGUUUUCGUGACAAACUGCAACACCAGGAAACCGUUUCGUAUACCCUCUGUCAACAAAUGGUACCCCUUUCACAUACCUACUAACAACAAGUCUUCUUGUUAUUUUAUGUAGCGUUUAAUAAGUCAAUCUGAAACAGUCAUUAGGUGCGUCGGCUCAAAAUGUUUUAGUUAAAGACCCUUUUACAAGACAUUACUGACAAAUUUCCCUGCCCUUUCGUAUACUUCAGCUCACGAAAUCCCUGCAUUUUUAUUGCCUGAAGCCUGGAAAAGGUAUCACUUUUAGGGGGAGCCCCCCUAUAUGGGCAAUCAUAGGGAGUAUUUCCCCCCCCCCCCCUUCCCACGAGACUGCAACAGACAAGCUUUCAGCUAGUGACACACGGUUUACAUUUCAUUGAAUAUUGCAGCUCUAGUUGCUCAACUUUUUGAAAAGAAUAGAUCCCAUCUCUAUUUCCAAUAAGCAUCAUGUUGAAUGAAAAUCAAAACCUAAAUAAUCGUUAAAUAUUUUUUCAGUUGCUAGGUCUUAACGAAAAAAAUAAAGGUGAAAUCAAAACCUAAAUAACGUUAUUUUUUGUUGCCAGAUCAAAGGGCAACGCCAGAUAAAGCCCUCUGUGAAAAUCAUUGAUGAUGGUAAAGAAAAUAGACUUAUUAGGCUGAUUUAGCAACAGGACGGGAAAGUCAGUUGACGACUGGACAGCGCGCGGAAAGGACUAAACACGACUUCCGGUGCCCAAUUUGCCGCUCUGCCAUUGGUCAAGCCAAUGGUCAAGCCAGUUUUUUGAUCUGCGUGCGCCGUCGUCAACUGACGUUCUCGUUCUGUUGCUAAAUCAGCCUAUUGUAAGCAGGGUAUCUAACAUUUGAGACUAUAACAUUUGAGCAUUGUUAUCGUGAAAAGAUAAAUCUUUAGCAGACGGAUCGAUUGUGCUAAGUUGGUCCCCGUAUUGUGAAUAAUGCCGUGAUAUGGAUUUUACGUCUUUUUUCAUUUGGACGGGGAGAGGGGUUGGAAAAUUUUGAAAUAAAUUGUUUGCAUAGGCCGUAAACACUGAAAUAAAUUGUAUGCAAGUACGUAAAAAAAUUGUUUGCGGGAAGACGAAAACACAAAAAGAAUUGUUUGCAGCAGGAGCCGCAUAUCAAAAAAAUGUUUGCAUGUGAAAAUUAAAGAUUUGAAUAUAGCCUGCUUUUGAAACGACAAACCGGAUCAGUUCUAAUUGUUCCAUACGCUGUUAGGACUAGAAAAAAAAUGCCGUUGUUCUACUCUCUUGUUGAUCGUGUGCGACUUUGUCUUUUCCCUGACCCCGGGCUAUAUUACGCUAAUCCUUUUUCUUACUGAAAUGUCUUUACUUGUUCUCUUUAUAUCCCCAGAGAAAAUUUCGAUUUUUGGAAAAGCAUUUGAAGAUUUCAGCUGCAAUAUGGAGGAUCAUUUAGCAUCCCAAUCCUUUCAACAACUGUCCUUUUUCUUGGACGCUGAGGUCCCCUCGGAAAAAGUCGUGUUUCAACCGAACACUGUUUUAAACAAAAACAUGGUGAGUUAAUAUGCUGAUGCUUCAACCAUAAAAAUAUCUUCAUACUAUUUUUUCGCUCCACUUCUGACACCAUGCACUUCGACCGACAAAUGUUCACGGAAGCGUAACAUGCCUUUCAUUCUCUGAUCAAGCUAUUGAAAUAAACUCUGCGAAUAUCGGAAAAGCACAACAGUUUCAGUUAUCUGUGAAAAUCUCAGCCGGGUAUUCUGAGUAGCCUUUAAAAUGGCUGUGAGUGAAAGGAAUGAAGAGUAACAGAGAAAUUGGAAUGUGCAACAGCGCCAUCGUCUUUCAUACAGCUCGUCAUAGGCUUGCUCUUUAACGGUUUAAUCUGUUUACCAUAAAACUACUGGAACAGACUGAAACCCAUCCUAGAGUUUACUCCCGUAAUUCUCCAGUAGUCUCAUUGUCUUAGACUGUACCUAAAGAUCUUGUGGCUAUCAUGGUCACGAAGAUAUUGCAGUUUUAGGUCAAUUCUGAGCUGAAGUCAAAAAAUUAACUGCCCACCUAAACGAGAAGUAAGUGUUAAUAUUGGCUUAGGGGAGGAGUAGUUGGGCAUCUUCCCAGAAACCUAACCUGAUCCGUCAUUACAUAGUGCUUUGACCCAUACACAAAAUGCUCCUGUAGGGUUAUAACGAAGAUAGUCAAAUAAAAUUCAUCGCGGUUUUUCGAAAUAACAUAAUAAGUUUUGUGGAUGAUUUUUGCAGGCAUACCUUAUUAGCAUUACAACUUGAAAAAUUUGGCCCAAUUUUUUCAAGUUUUAAUUUCCAUCCUUGCCAUCCUAGCAACAGACGACAGGAAACAGUUUCUAAAAUAUAUCGUCUUACUAUUCGAAUUCUAAAACUGGACGGCACGAUCAUUUUUAAAAUUUAAUUGAUGCGAAGACACGUUUUGGGUUUUUAACAUCGUCCUCUUAAAUAAAUAAAUAAAUAAGUAAAGAAAGAAAUAAAGAAAGAAGAGAAAACCAGUGUAAAAGAGCGAAACAAAAUAAGUAAAUAAAUAAAAAAUAAGUAAAAUAAAUAAAUAUAUGCAUAAAUAUGAUAAAAGAUCUCACGGGAGAGACUGCACGGCUUCGGAAUAUCAAGACCCACAAUGCAACUGUCGUGCCUACCCUUGGAACGGUAAAAGCGACAGAUCAGGAUUAUCAGGCAUACUAAAGAAGGCAGAAGCACGAACACUUGACUUUGUCUAAGAAAAGGUGUUUUAAAGAAAGAAACAGAGCGCCACAUAACAACUGCCCUGGAUCAGGCGUUACGUACCAACAGCUAGUAUAAGAAAAAGAGUUGACGGAGAGGAUAGAUUCCCAUUGUGUAGAAUGUCUGGAGAACGCGUAGAAACCGUUUGUCACAUCAUGUGACAGAAUGCAAGAAAUUGGCUCAGAAAGAAUGCAAAGGUUGGAGACGCGAUCAGAUUAGUAAAUACGUUCACUGAGGACUUUGUCGAAAGUUUGGUUCUGAUUGCUCACCAGCAAAAACUAGCCUCAGUGUAGCUGCUCCCUCUAUCCGUUUUCCCUUUGACGGGAGGAGGGUGUGGUUACAUGUAGGCCUGUGGAGAAGUCGGAAGAAUGUAAGUUACCAUGGAAUUUUCCUAUUUAAACUGAUCACACCGAACAACAGCACAACUGACUAGACAUCACAGUUGUAGGCAAGAAGGAAAAGAUCUGCACAUUAAUAGAUGUCGCAUGCCCUUUGACCGUCUAAGUACCUCUUACAGAACCAGAAAAAAUCGAAAAAUACGAAGACUUAAAAAGAGAGGUGAAGCGUUAGUGGGACCGACUGUAAAGAAGAUGUGAUUGUACCAAUCGUCGUCGGUACCCUCGGAACAGUCAUCACCAAAAGAUUGCAUCUGUAUCUAAAGAAAGCAGGACUUGACGGAAGUAUUUAGCCACUAUAAAAAGCUUGUUUACUGGGAACAGCAAGAAUUAGGUUAUGGAUACCUAAGGUGAUGGGAGUCCACCUGGUUCCAGGAAAUGAUCCGACUGGAAGAUCUUGCGAACUGACAAUAAUAAUAACAACUGAUAAUAAUAAUGAUAAUAAUAAUAAUAAUAAUAAUAAUAAUGUGUGUGUUUUUUAAUGCGAUUAUUAUGAUUAUUAUUUAUUCAAUUUUUAGAUAAUGGACUAUGGAACAGUAUAGGAUAAAUUUUAGACUGUUAUUAGCUUACAAAUUUUACAUGUAAUAUAACUCAUGCCGGGAGCCCAUGCACAUAGUAAUAUUUUAUAUUUCUGAUCGGUAGAUUAAUUAAUUUUAUUAUUUUUUUGAAAAAAAGAAAAAAAAACAACGUUGUUCACUGUUCGCCGCCCAGCUUUUGUGAUUUUUAGUUGGAUCUGGCAUCCAGAUGUUUUAAACUGCCUACAUAAUAAUAAUAAUAAUAAUAAUAAUAAUAAUAAUAAUAAUAAUAAAAAUAAUGACGAUGUUGAUUGAUGACGAUGACGAUGGCGAUGUUGAUGAUGAUGAUGAUGGUGACGUACAUGAUGUACUGAUGAUAAAGAUGAUGAUGAUAAUACUAAUAAUAUUUUAAAAAAAUAUAAUGAUAAUAAUAAUGGGUCAACGAUGGUGAUGGUAUAAUAUUUGUAUUUCAGGUAACAGCGCACUUCAAUCGCGAACAAAGAAUCCUCUAUGCUGUUGAGCAACAUGAGAUCCCUGGUCUGAUGAAGUUGAUCAGUAAACGAUCAACGCUUGUCGCUCCUCGUGGCGUAGCAAACAGAUGUAACUCAAGAAGAAAAGGAUACCGGUGGGCUUGUGGCCGUUGCUUUUUCGAACGCGGAAAGAAAUCGACAAUUAAAAAUCAUUUAAUUCAACAAGUUUGUCAAAAGUCAGUUGAAAGUAGGAAACGGGAAAGUAGAAAACUGCAGUUCAAGAAAAUGUGUUGCCGUAAAUACGCUGUGUGCUAG